AUGCAAUUCUUCCACAAGAACAAAUCGCAGCCGACACUCUUGAAUUCCGUGGAGUCGGCUCCGCACAACGACAGCGACCACAGCAUCAACAGCCAGAACCACCACUCCCACCACAGCAGAGACGGUAGCCAGCAGCAGCUUCAUCAUCAUCAUCAUCAGCACCAGCAGCAGCAGCAGCAGCAGCUCUACCAGCAGCAGCACUCGGUUAGCCCCCACCCGCAGCAUACUUUCCAGCCUGCCGCCGGGUCCGGCGAGCUGUCGAGCAGCACGUAUCAACUUGGCCAGCACAGCACCGCCAGCUAUACCCAUCCUGCCCAUGCCGGGAGUCGAUCUGAGAACUUCUCUCUCCCGCUACAGGCAUCAGACCCCUAUCCGCCAGCAGCAGGCAGGCCGACCCUGAACCUCGUCCCCUCCGGCCCCUCAGCGAGCCUUCAGCCUGACCACGGCAUCGACGCUCUCUCUGCCGCCCCGUCGCUCCCCUCCGCUCCUCACAGCACCGAGGCCUCCCCGCUGACCGAAACACAGCCGCGCAAAUCCCGCAGAAGCUUCUUCAGUCUGCAUUCCAAGGACAAGAGUUCCUCGCAGAAUCCCGCCAAGCCUAGUCGAAACGUCUCCGUCAGGAAGAAAAUUAGCAACCCAAUCCCUCACCCGAAGCCGUACCAAGUCGGCCCGCUCCCGCCCUCCGACCCUGCGCCGGACCCAGACGAAGGCGACCUGGCGGAGAAGAAGCUGCCGCAGCUCCCCAACAACUCGUCCCAGCCCAGCCUGCCCCAAUCCAUCUACCCCGCCAGAGGCGCCAGCCGGUCCUCGUCCCACCUUGAUAUCCAGCCCUUUGAGCCUCCGCAGAUCCAGCGUGUCAGCACUGAGCCCCUGGGGCAGCACGAGGAGCACUACAAGGGCCGUACGCAGCAACACAGCCAAUACCAGGCUGGACCUCCUCCUUCCCACAAGCCACUCACCGCGGAAUCCUCAGUUCCAGAUAGACCAGCCCCAGAACUUAAAUAUAACAGGGUAAAGAGGUACUACUUUGAUAAGGAAGCUCAGGUACAGCAACUGCAAAACACUGUUGCCCACCAGCGUAUGUCUGCCUCCAGAACUGUGUUGGAUGAUAACGAAUAUGCCACCCGCUUGGGCCGUCUGGACGGCGCCAUUAACAACCUGUCGUUUAACAUCCGCAAGGACUGGAAGAACAUACCUCCGUGGCUUCAAGGUGUCGUUAACGAAGAUGCUCAUACAGUUGGCACAAAGGAAAUGACCGCUGUUGGGCGGGCUUGCCUUACGCGCUGGAUCGUGGAUGAAUUAUUCGACCGAUAUUUCCACCCCGGACUGGAGCCCAAUCUCAGUCGCCAGCUCAAGCAGAUCGAACGCAACGUUCGACGGAUGGGCAAGUUCGUCACCGAAGAGGAGCAGGAGAACCAUCUAUCUAAAGUCUCCUCCUGGCGUCGCACCACCCUUGAUGGGCUCGGUGAUAUUUUCCAGAGUAAACUCGCGGACGACCACCGAGCGCUCUUGACUCGAAACCUGGUUGAGAAGCUUACAGCCAGCUUGGAAAUGAACCUAAAGACCCCGCCUCCGCCUGGUCUUGAAAAUGGCGUGGCGAUGAUCGUUGAGCUUGCGGUCGGCAUCAGUGCAAAUAUCCCCCUGGAAUCAAGAGAUAUCUCCAUCGACUAUUUCCUCCCCGGCGCCACAAUUGCAGAGUCGCAUAUGAAAAUCGAAACCACUCUACCGCCUCUCUCCAACCCGGGAAUGGAGCCACGUCUGGCCUCGGAGCCAUCCUCUGCCGCAACAGACAGGGUAGACCAGUCGUCAAUCAAGGGUAUCGAGGCGGCCAUCUCCUCGUCCGAGAUACAGGGUGGAGAUGAUAAGGACCCAAACUUCCCCAUUCAGCCUCAACCCGCCAGCCAGGGCCGCAAGAAAUCAGUCUUCGGUUCGUUAAUGGGCAAGAAACCACACCCUGGACCGGGUAAUCCCGUCGAUGCCAUGCGGCCGCCGUCGGGCCAUUUCCGAGAACGCGAGGAGGCCAUCGAAGCCGCUCGUGAGAAGGAAAAUGAAAACCGUAUCCGCUUCGCGGCUUUUGUAUCCGUCGAGGUUCGGAGCAAGGGAGCUGGCAACGUCAUUGUCAAAGCACCCGUCUAUCCAUUCUCAUGA